ACGUGAAACUUUUCACUUUUCACAUUUCCCCUAGGGGAAAAGUUACAUGAUCGACCCCCAGUUCUAGUGCAGCUAGUGCGGGAAUAAAAAACAAUCCCUAUGUGUAAUCGUCUAAAAGAACGUUUCAGUGUACACUUUUUGAACUAGUGCUGAUUAGUGCAGCCAAGACAGAGGAAAAGAACAAACCUUAUAUUAUGCUAUAAUUUUGAUUCGAUUGAUCUGAUGCUCCAUCGAAUAUAUGUAAUACCGAUAAUGCUCCAUCGAAUAUAUGUAAUGUUAUAUAAGAUUAAAGAAUCUUACACAGUUGCAAAGCCACUUUUUCUGCUAAACGCAGCUAAUGAUAAUUACAUGAAUGAAUUUGAUCGUACAUUUUCAGUAAAAAUGCGCUAUCUGGAAACGUACAAUCCAAACGUGCAUUCAAAAUGCAGAUAAAAUAAAAUGCAAAAUUUGUAGAGAAGAAUAUAGAAUAGAAAGUUUUGUUUAGAAAGCACACAUGUCGAUUUAUUGACGAAGAAUGACAGAUAGUGAUUGGCCGCGUUCAGCGGAAAAAGCAGCUUUGCAACUGUUGUAAAAAUCUUUGAUAUAAUUGGUUUUUGCCCAUAGUUCCUGAGGAAUCUAAAUGUAUAAAGUAAAAUGUAAUUAUAUUAUAUAAAAGGAUUAUAAUUAUAUUAAAGGAUUUUACAACAUUUGCAAAGCUGUUUUUCUGCUGAACGCAGCCAAUGGUAACGAUGUUCAAGAGGACUGGAGAGAAAUAGAGUGUUCUGUGACGGAAUGCGCUUCCGUGUGGUUAAACAUUGCGGAGACAGACGGAAGAUGGAAGAGUUAUGAUGCCAUGUUCGCCAUGUUUUGAUGUCGUCAUCCCCUCUCCGCUGAAUGCUGUUUCGCCGUACAACGUACAGCACCAUAGCCCGUGUUUUUAGCGCGUGUGCUUUUCCGUAGAUUCAUACCGCACGUUCCCGGUGGUUUCCGAUGACACGACACGUUACGUAGUCACCAACGCUGUAGCGUCCCGUUACUCGUCAAUUUGCAUGCACGCUGCACGAAGCUGGAUAACCCUCGUUCUCGUACAAAGUUCGCUGUGGGCGAACGUAAGCUCUCGGACGUUUUCACGCCCGUGAAAAUAGUUACGGUACGGGGGGGAUCCGCGAGCGUCAUCUACGCGGUGAUCAUAUUCUAGUACGAGAGAAUAACGAGAGAGAAAAGAAGUGAGAAGAAAAAGAAAAAAAGUGAUCGAUUGGAGCAACCGUUUGUCACCGUCAUCGCCAUCGCCAUCGCCAUCGCUACCGCCACCGCCACUCAAGUUAGCACUGCCUCAUCGCCGCCGUCGUCGUGUUUAUCCCGAUCCAUCGACUGACGGUGUUUUUUCGACAUUGCGUGGUUACAUCACGUCACGUCGAGGAGGCGGAUCCAAGCGGAUCCCUCGGGUUCGUGCGGGACGGAUAAAGCGCCUUACGUGCGUGCGUGCGUGCGUACGUGCGUACGUGCCGUGCGUGCGUGCGUGCGUGCGUGCGCGCGUACGUCUCCUUCUCUCUUGUUCGUUUCAAAUACACAAAGAGGAACGAGGGAAAGGACUCGCUAAUAAAAAUGGAGUUGCGUUUGCACUCGCCAGCAGGAGCGGAACCGAUUGUUUAUCAGUGGCCUCUCACUUCCGGAUCAGGUGCUGAUCGUCAUGAUGGAGCACAGGACGUUAUUGAUACUAUGCGAUGGGUUUGCGAUGAUCUGCCUGACUUGAAAUUACCUUUAGAAAAUAAUAUUCUUUGUAAUUACGAUACGAGAGAUUACGAAAGUAUGAAGAGCUUGUGUGACAGAUUCAACAGAGCCAUUGAUAGCUUAGUACAAUUGGAAAAAGGCACCAGUUUGCCAUCUCAGAGACUAAAUAAAAGACCUGGUAGAGGUUUACUUCGUCAUAUACUUCAACAAACUUACAAUCAAGCUGUAGUUGAACCAGACAAAUUAAAUCAAUAUGAACCCUUUUCACCCGAAGUCUAUGGCGAAACAAGUUACGAGCUUGUAUGUCAGAUGAUCGACCAAAUUGAUGUGACUGAAGAUGAUAUUUUUGUUGAUCUUGGUUCUGGAGUUGGCCAGGUGGUUCUUCAGAUGGCAGCUGCGACUUUAUGUAAAAUUUGUAUUGGUGUAGAAAGAGCGGAUGUACCAUCGAAAUAUGCUCAGAGCAUGGAAAUAAAUUUUCGAAAAUGGUUAAAUUGGUACGGGAAGCGAUGUGGAGAAUAUCGUUUAGUGAAGGGAGAUUUUUUAGCUGAUGAACAUCGUGAAAGUAUAACUGGAGCUACGAUAGUGUUUGUUAAUAAUUUUGCAUUUGGCCCAACGGUCGAUCAUCAAUUGAAGGAACGCUUUGCUGAUUUGCGAGACGGCGCGCGUAUAGUAUCUUCAAAAUCGUUCUGUCCAUUAAACUUUCGAAUAACGGACAGAAAUCUGAGUGAUAUCGGCACGAUAAUGCAUGUCUCAGAGAUGUCACCGUUAAAGGGUUCCGUUUCUUGGACUGGUAAGCCGGUAUCGUAUUAUUUGCACGUAAUUGAUCGAACUAAAUUAGAACGUUAUUUCCACCGCUUAAAAAACAAUAAACAAGGUGGCUUAGAUGAAAACUCUGAUUCUGUGAUAAGCAACACUGCCAGCAAUAGUAGUAAGAUUUCUAAUAGAAAUGAAAGAGGUGACAGAGCCAAGAGAGAUCUUUCGAGGCAAUUAGAUAGUCCGAAUCAUUCGGAGCAGCAAGGAACAAAUAGUGACUCCGAUCUAGAUGACAGUACUAUGAAAAAUCGUCGGCAGCCGAACAAGAUACGAAGGAAAUUCAAUCGUAAAACUGCAAAUGGCGUUACAAGGGCUCCAGCUAGAGGUAGACAGAGAGGAAGAGGCGUUAAGAGAGCCAAGCCUAAAAAAGCGAUCAAUAUAUCUGGAUUGGAUUUGUUACAUAGUCAGACUUUGCUUAGCACAUCACCUCAAGCUCUUGGGAAAAAACCUCCACCUCCUCCUGGUUGUGUAGAUCAACAACUGUCUUCAUUGUCGCUUUCUUUACAAUCGCAUUCCACUUCAGUGCAUGAGGAACUCAGUAUACCACCCGCUCCGUCCGCGACUCCUUACGCUCUACAAAUACUUUUGGAUUUGUACAGGGACCAAUUUAUGCUUAUGUUAGAAUCGAUGAGAACGCCCACUUACAAAGUAUCUGUCAAUAUGGAUAUCGCGAAAGAAAGAGAAAGAAACUCUAAACUUCAGUCAAGAGCGGCGCAAUUAGAAAAACAAAUCAAAGUGCUAAUCGACGAUAGCGUAGCUCUCUUGAAAGCGAGAAUGACUGAAUUAGGUAUCAAUGCAACGUCACCUGGGGAUCUGUUAGCGAAAGCGAAGGAAAUAGUUCUAAGACAUAAACAGCUACAGGCUAAAGCGAGCAAAUUGCAAGCGCAAGUGGCAUCUAUAGAAAUUGAACAAAACAGGCUAGUGGCGCUUAGGCAUCAAGAAUUACAAGAAAAAUAUAAUGGUCACAUGAAUGCAAAUGGUAUAACGAAUCCACACCAACCGCUUACCGAGGAUUAUUUGUUGAAGGAAAUCUCCGCUACUCUUUCUCAGCGGAAACGAUUACAUUCUCAAGUUUCGAAACUAGAGCUCGAGUUAAACGUAUUAGAAAGAACAAAUAACGAGAAGCAAGCUGUUACCAUUGUUCAGCAACAGAAGGAUGCGAUUGGAAGUAAAUAUUUGCAAAAUUUGCAUCAUGGUGGUCAACAACAACAAAGUAUUAAAAAUGGGACAACGCGUAAAAGUAGGGAAGGUCGGUCGAGAUCACAAGAGUGGCCUGACGUUCCGGAUAUAGGAAAAAUACAGGAGAAUAAUCCAGAAAUAUUAGCGCAAAAAAUUUUGGAAACGGGAAGACAGAUAGAAGCGGGUCGUAUACCAAGUAGACAGGCCAGUGGCAACAAUAAUUCCAGAACUAGAUUGCCACUGGCAUCUCUCAGUUUUUCAUCGUCAUCAACAUCAUCAUCAUCAUCAUCAUCCUCUUCUAUUUCAUUCACGCAAACGACCAAUAAAGACGUACCGAAUAGAAUUCAAGAACCACCCAGAGUUGCCAAUUUUGAGGAUAGACUAAAAAGUAUUAUUACGAGUGUAUUGAACGAAGAUCAGCAAAAUAGGAAUAAGCAACAGCAGAUGCAGUUGCAAGUCCAAUUGCAAACUCAGUCCGAAUCCGAAAGGAAACGUGUGUCAUUACCACAGAAUGUUUCUACUCCAGAUUAUACACAAGUUUCACCCGCAAAGCUAGCGCUUCGUCGUCAUCUCUCGCAAGAACGCCUUUCAUCGUCUCAUUUGACGACAUCGUCCGACAGAUCGACAAUCGAUUCUAGGCAAUCAUCGAAUUACGAUAGUCGACUUGUAACUGGUGAUGGGUUACUCGGUACUAGGACAAUUGGCGAUCUUGUCAGUGGUGAAAUAGAAAGAACUUUGGAGAUAUCCAACCAGUCUCUAAUAAACGCGACCGUUGAAAUGAGCGCGAUGAUGAGAACUGAAACUGUAUAUUCUCCCAUUAGUAGGCCAGCAAGUGCUGAAGGAGAUACCGGUUUGUCAACUUUGGCACAUGUAGCUAGUUACGCACCUACUUCUUCGGGAGUCUCCACCUCUACGACUAGCUCGAGAUCAUCUGUGCUUUUUACUCCGGUAACACAACCACAAAGGUAUACACCGGUUCAAUUGCCGCGAGCGGACAUUAAGCCUUACCAUGAGUCCUACUUUUCGGAUAAUCCUUCUCAGUCGCUUACACAAUCUCAUUCAGCGGCAUCACCUUUACAUUCGUCUCAAAAUGCAUCGAAUGGGGAAUUGUUGCCUGUGGAGGGUCUUGCAGCGUCAUUGCACGCCCGAAUAUUGAACAAUCAUAACAAUAAUGGUAAAACCGAAUCAACGCUUUCUGGCAAUAGAAGAUAUCAACCAUAUCCGCGAUACGCAACUAACAAUAAUAGUAAUGGAAACUCGACAAGUGAUACAGUAACCGCUGUUUGUCAAUCACAACCGUUGAUAUCGGUAAAAACUGAAGCGGUUGUAUCAUCGGUAAGCACAAGUGGAGCGCCUCUAAGUCCUCUUGUGGAACCGCAUUCUAAUACUUCGACGCCAUUAGUCGACGAGCCUCAGAUGACAACGCAAAGGCAACGAAGUGCCGUUGGAGAUGAUGAUGGAGAAGCUGACUGGCAAGAUCGUAUUAGCUCAGGAUUUGAUCGCUUGGUCGCAUUUGCUUCCACAGAAUUGGAUAAACGUAGACGAUCAACGGAAGGAGUAAAUACAAGUCCUGAUAGUGGAUUAGGUUCAGACAGCACGAUAACAGGACCACCACCCAUAAUACCUUCUCCCGAUGAAGCAAUAGGACCACCAAGAACACCUUCUCCAACUAGUCCCCGCCCUGCAAAUCCAUCCAGUGGUAAUCCCUCGAGUGGCACAUCCUCUUCGGUACCUCUAAAAUAUCAACGACAACCAGAUCCUGAGCGACAUCACUUAAAAAAAAUUUUUCAUCGUGAUUGGAAUAAUUCCGCAAGUACUAGCAAGUUUCGUCCUAAAGGCAAAGAUUGGGAUUGGAACCAUUCCGGGCAAUGGCCUUCGAAUGAUGAACAAUCCUAACUCUAUAUUGUACGAAAUAAUUUUCUAUGACAAGAAAAGUAUCUUUGUUUUUUUUUCUUUUGGGCCUAACAGUAGAGAAUUGUUUUUAUUUUUAAAGUUAUUAAACUAUUAGAUUUGUUCUCGUUUUGUUAGUAAAUAACUCUCUUUUAUGUUGUAAUGACACAUUUGAUCGUAGAAUAUAAUACGUUUAUACGCUGAUAUACAGAAAAGAAAUGCUUUGUAUAAUUAAGUCGACAAAUUUACGGCAAAUUUAUAAACUUUUCAUUGUUUGAACGAGAAGCUGAUGAAUUCUUAUAAUUCACUUGAAAUAUAUUUGCACGAUGAAUACUACGAAAUUAAUAAAAUUACUAACAAAUGUAUAAAUUUCAAUUUUGUGCUAAAAUUCUAUCAUUACAUUAAGAUGAAAUUGUGAUGAGAUUUUGAAAGAG